AUGGAAUCUUGUAAAGCUUGUGGUUUUGGUGCUAAAGCUGAUUUCGAUCAAUAUACCAUCGAUUAUUAUGAAAGUAUUGGUUAUCAAACUUGUUACUCUGAAAAGUAUAGGACUCCACAGAAACGAAUGGAAUCAUAUGUCAAUUGGCCUAAACCAGAAUUGGAUAUAAAAAAGUUGGUAGAUGCUGGAUUUUUCUACAGGGGUGUAAGAGAUUUAGUAUCUUGUUUCCAUUGUGGCCUCAACGUACAUGAAUGGCAUCCAGAUGAUGAUCCAUUAAUCGAGCACUUGAAGUAUAACUCCAAAUGUGACUAUCUAUACGUAAAAUGUGGUACAAUGUUCUUGGCUAAGACAUGCUAUGAUCUUAAAGGAGAGUUACCAUUAGCUGAACUAUCAAGAACCGAAAUUAAUCGAUACAACUGUAAAGUUUGUAAAGAGAUGGAAGUUGGAUGUAUCUUCUAUCCAUGUGAACAUGCAGUAGCAUGUACAAAUUGUACUGUCAAGCUCUCGAAAUGUCCGAUAUGUGAUCGUCUAAUCAGAAAAUAUAAUAAAAUGUAUUACCCAUCAAUAAGGUACCCAGGAUUCUCGGGGAAUAUUAAAUAUGUUGAUGGUGUUUAUUAA